AUGGCGGUCACAGAUCAAGUUAAUGAAGCGACCACAACCACAACAGCAACGACGAUGCAGACCACAAUUGAUGCUGGGAGUCCUCUGUACAUACAUCCUUCCGAUAGCCCAGGAUCUAGUCUAGUUCCGGUGCCUUUUGAUGGGAUUGGAUACCACUCCUGGAGGAGGAGUGUGCUCAGAGCCCUUUCAGUGAAGAACAAGCUAGGGUUUAUUACUGGAGAUACUGAAAAACCUCUUGUGACUUCUCCACUCUUUCGCCAAUGGGAAAGUGUUGAGUACGUGAAUGAUUCCGUCGAGUUGUGGAAAAAGCUUCAGGAUCGAUAUGAUCAGACGAAUGGGGCCAAACUGUACCAAAUUCAGAAGGAAAUCAACGACUUGAGUCAGGGAGUGCUUGAUAUUACAGGGGAAUUGAAUACUCUUAGUGUUAAAGCUCAUUGCAGCUGUAUAUGCACUUGUGGAGUGAAGGAGAACAUGCAUAAGGCAGAGCAGGAUAGGAGACUCAUACAAUUUUUAAUGGGACUUAAUGAAGUAUAUACGGUUGUUCGAGGGAGCAUACUUAUGAUGAACCCCUUGCCAAAUAUGGCACGGGCAUUUGCCCUCCUGAUACAAGAAGAGAAACAGAGGGAGUUUAGGCCCAGAAGCCAACUAGAUAUUGAGUCCACAGCACUAAAUGCAAACCUGGGAGGAAGGAAUUUCAAAAAAAAUUAUUCUACUGGGACUGGAAACCAAAGUGUGAACAAUAGGGCUCGACCUUUCUGUGAUUAUUGCAAGCGACAAGGUCACACUAAGGACAAAUGCUAUAAACUCCACGGUUAUCCUCAAAGCUUCAAUCAAGGACCACAACAACAGUAUAGACAAGGUACACAAGGGUACAACAAUACUACAAGGUUCAAUAAGGGAAGAAAUGUUACAGCAAAUGCAGUCACAAGUGUUGAAAAAGGAGAAAAACUGGAGCCCCAAGGAGAAAGCCAAAGCCAAAAUGUCAACCUUACAAAGGAGCAAUAUGGACAGAUUGUUAGCCUAUUGCAGCAUUUUCAGACGGGAAGCAUUGUAGAAGGUCCAGCUAGUGUAAACAUGGUUGGUGAAGCAUCAAUGAAUUUUGCAGGUAUGAUUGCUUGCACUUCUUCAAUUGACUUUGACAAUCCAUCAUGUAGAUGCUUCAAUGCAAAGGCUGACUUGUGGAUAUUAGACUCCGGGGCAUCACACCACAUGACCUUUGAUAAAUCUCAAUUGCAAAACAUAGUAAACCUUCCUUAUCCUCUAUUAGUAAAACUUCCAAAUGGCUAUAAGGUCAUAGUAAAUAAAAUUGGAAGUGUAUUCCUAACACCUGAAAUCAUUCUGUAUAAAGUUCUGUUCAUUCCUUCAUUCAAGUUUAACUUGGUAUCCAUUAGUUCCUUGGCAGUUCAUUUAAAGUGCAUUGCAUCAUUCUCAGACACUUCCUGUCUGCUGCAGGCCCCUUCACUGAAGAGGCCUUUGGAGAUUGGUAAGUUGAUGGAUGGUUUGUACUUCCUUUGCUCCAAGUGCCUGAAAAAAGGUAGUUCCAAACACAAGUGUGAUCCUUCUUGUCUUUCUAUUCAUGCUAGUGAUGUAAGAGGUGUACACUGUCUAACUCAAUCUUUCAAUUCUCUUCAAAUUGUAAAUAAUUCCAUUCACAACAUCAAGAAUAAAGACAGUAACUCUACUUUGUUUUCUGGUUCAUCUCAUGCUGUUAAUCUAGAUGUAUUGUGGCAUUUCAGACUUGGUCAUGUACCCUUUAGUAAAAUGAAAGGAAUCUCUACCAUACCUGUAACCUUUUCUGACAAACAGCCUUUCACAUGCAACAUUUGCCCCAUGGCCAGACUGCCAAUCAUCCCUCUAAAGAACAAAUGCCCUUUUGAACUCUUAUAUAAAAGGAAGCCAAACUAUUCUCACUUGAGGAGCUUUGGGAGCUUGUGCUACCCCACAGUACCAAAACCAUUCAGAGACAAAGUAGAACCAAGAACCAGUCCACAUGUGUUUGUAGGGUAUCCCUUUGGUACAAAUGGGUACAAGGUACUAAGUCUGGCCACUAGAAAAAUACAUGUCUCUAGAGAUGUUUCAUUUUAUGAGUCAGUUUUCCCCUUCACUCUUAACUCCAACACAUCAAAUGUUCCAUCUGUCCUUCCUAAUACACCAUUUUUUGAGAAUUCUCCUGAUCAUGCUGAUGCUCAAUUGCACCACAACAUUAGUGAGAGUACCAGCAAUCAGGAAAAUGCUAAUGCUUCAAACUCCAACACAACAUCUGAAGUGUCUUCACCUGUGUCCUCUGGUCAUGAAUUCCAAAUUCCAGUAGACCAACUACAAGACCUGGUCUCAUCCCCUCAGCCCCUGACAGAACCUCCACCUUUCAGAAGAUCCAAUAGGGAGCAUAAAUUGCCAUAUCAUAUGAAUGAUUAUGUCUACAAAAUACCAAAUUUAAAAUGUACUGCCAAUUUUUCUGUACAUGCCAUGUCCUCCAGUAAUAACCACAUCAUUUCUGAUGCCCUACAUCCUAAUAGUCAGCAUAUUGUAGAGAACAUUUGCAAUGAUAGAGAACCAACUUCAUAUGAUGAAGCUGCUGUAUAUCCUGGCUGGCAGAAUGCCAUGACACAGGAAUUUGAUGCUUUGUAUGCUAACAAGACAAGGGAUCUGGUUCCCCUACCUAAGGAUAAACAAGCCAUUGGGUGUAGAUGGGUGUAUAAAGUUAAACAUAGGGCAGAUGGUAGUGUUGAGAGAUAUAAAGCAAGACUGGUUGUUAAAGGAUACACUCAGCGAGCUGGUGUAGACUAUACAGAGACCUUUUCCCCAGUGGUCAAGAUGACUACUGUGAGGUCUCUCAUUGCUAUAGCAGCAAAGAAAAGGUGGCAAAUUUCACAACUAGAUGUGAAUAAUGCAUUUCUCCAUGGAGAUUUGCAUGAGGAGGUCUAUAUGCAGACUCCUCCAGGUCUUGAGGUGUCUUUUCCACAACUAGUGUGCAAGCUAAAUAAAUCUCUUUAUGGACUAAAGCAGGCAAGUAGACAGUGGUAUGAUAAGCUAACUGAAGUGCUAUAUUCCAGAGGAUAUGUAAACUCCAUGCAUGAUUAUUCCUUGUUUUACAGAAGACAGAACUCCUCUAUUGUUUUUGUAGCAGUAUAUAUGGAUGAUGUGUUGCUCACAGGGACUGAUUCUGAAGAAAUUGAUCAACUUAAAGUUUUCUUACAUGAUAAGUUUAAAAUCAAGGAUUUGGGACAACUAUACUAUUUUUUUGGGCUGGAGAUCCUUUACAAGUCAGAUGGCAUUGUAGUCUCUCAAAGGAAGUUUGUUUUGGACCUAUUGAAGGACUAUGAAUGCCUUCACUGUCCAUCCCUGACUUCUCCUCUUGAUCCCACAAUUAAACUGAAGGCCAAAGAGGGAGUGCCACUUUCUGAUCCUACUUUCUACAGGAAGCUGAUUGGCAAGUUAAACUUCCUCACUAACACCAGGUUAGACAUAGCCUAUGGAGUUCAGCAUCUCAGCCAAUUCAUGCAAGGCCCUAGGGAGCCCCAUUUGAAGGCAGCCUAUCAUAUGUUGAGAUACCUAAAAGGAGAUCCCACUAUGGGUCUGUGUUUCAGUACCGAGGGUGAUCUUUCCCUGACUGCAUACUGUGAUUCUGACUGGGCAGCUUGCCCAGACUCCAGAAGAUCAGUGUCUGGAUACAUUGUGUUCCUAGGAGGGAGUCCAAUUAGUUGGAAGUUCAAGAAGCAAGAAACCAUUUCCCUUUCCUCAGCAGAGGCAGAAUACAGAGCACUCAGAAAGGUUAUUGGUGAGCUUGUUUGGCUAUCCAGGCUGCUUGAAGAACUCACUGUGUCAAUCAAUCUACCCAUACCUAUACAUUGUGAUAGCCUCUCUGCUCUACAUAUUGCUAGGAACCCUGUGUUCCAUGAAAGAACCAAGCAUAUUGAAGUUGAUUUCCACUUUGUGCGCACCAAGCUCCAAGAGGGACUCAUUUCACUGCAUCACAUUGGCACUAGACAACAACUUGCUGAUGUACUCACUAAAGCUCUUACUGGGAUCAAACACUCUUCUCUAACCGACCUUGUUAUCCUCUCCAUCUCCUCUCUAUCACUCUCUCUCUUCGAGAAGCUUCCACAACCUCCAUUGGAGGUAGCUCGGAGCUUUCUCCUCACUCAAUCUUCACAGAAGGAUAUCUUCAUUCGAGUGAGAGUAGUUUUGAGCAAUGAUAAAUUAGUUUCUCAUCAAGAUCCACCUUCAUCAUCGGAUCCAAAUGAAAGUGGUCCUGCUUCAAGUGGGAACAAAUAUAAAUAUUCUCUUCUUGUUCCAAAUGGGAGCGAGAUGAAUAGUUCUGGUCCGACUAAGAGCAAAAUUGAUCCAAACGAGAAUAAUAAGAGAUUACAUGAAUCUCAACCAAAAAGUGGUGCUCGUGAAUAUGAAAUGAGAAAUUUAAAAAGGCUCUUCUCUGUCUUUCACUACUAG